GUUUUGUGUUGUGAACAAGUAUGUGGUCACGCAGUCCGUCUGUCCCGUGCACAGUAGAUCGAUCCCCUGCCUGCAGCAGAUUUAAACCACUCACAGUUCACUCCGUCAUGAUGGUGGACCUCACUUUCGAGCACUGAUCACGUUUCCACCUGGGACACUAGCGCCCUUGUGCGUCCUGAAGCUCAAUAUAAUCUGCCCACGUCCUGCAUAUCCAUUUCUUGCCUGCUGUUCUCCCCAAAAUCAAUUUCAAAGUUGUCGUCAAGAAGAAUCAUAGAACCUGAGUACUGGCAUCAUGGGCCUCCCUACCUUUCCUAAGAUCUACAACACCUACUUUGUGGCCAUGAUCGCUACAGUAGGUGGCAUGCUCUUUGGCUUCGACAUCUCAUCGAUGUCUGCUAUCAUCGGUACAAACCAGUACAAGGACUACUUCCAUAAUCCAUCCGGCAUCAAUCAAGGGGCCAUCGGCUCUGCUCUCGCUGCUGGAUCUGUUGUAGGUUCAAUCAUUGCUGGUCCCAUUUCUGACAAACUUGGUCGUCGCAAUGCCCUCGUCAUCUCAUGUCUUCCCUGGCUCGUGGGGACUGCGGUUCAGGUCGCUGUUCAGAAUCAAGGCAUGCUCAUCGGAGGUCGUAUUCUCAAUGGUAUCACUGUUGGUAUCACUUCCUCCCAGGUUCCUGUCUACCUCGCCGAGAUCGCAAAGAAAGAGAAGCGCGGUUCACUGGUCAUAAUUCAGCAACUAGCGAUCGAAUGGGGUGUCCUGAUCAUGUACUUCAUUGGUUAUGGAUGCUCCUUUAUGGAAGGGACCAAGUCCUUCAGAACUGCCUGGGGUAUUCAGUUUGUCCCUUGUGUAUUCUUCAUGAUUGGCCUUCCCUUCCUUCCUGAAUCUCCUCGCUGGUUGGCCAAGGUAGAUCGCAUGGACGAAGCAAUCGACAUACUUGCUAGGAUUCAAGCUGGAGGCAACCGACAUGAUCCCUUAGUCAUCGCUGAGCUCAAUGAGAUCACCACGGUCCUUACUGCAGAGCGCGCGGCUGGUAAAGGUAUCAAGAAAUGGUUCGCGCAUGGCAUGUGGAAGCGUACUCUGACUGGAUUUUCCGUCCAGGCUUGGCAACAGCUUGCGGGAGCGAACGUUAUGACUUACUAUGUAGUAUACGUCUUUAUGAUGGCAAAUCUGUCAGGAAACGUAAACCUCAUCUCAUCGGGGAUCCAAUACGCGCUCUUCAUCAUCUUCACGACCAUCAUGUUUUUCUAUAUCGACCGCCUUGGUCGCCGUACACUCCUCGUUUGGGGCGCACUUGGAAUGGGUAUUUGCCACUUCGUUAUUGGUGGUCUUCUCGGCGGCUACUAUGAGUACGUCCCCGAAGGAGUCAAUAAUGACAAGAACGUUCUCAUGCGUGUCAUUGGAUCUCCUGCACACGGCGUGAUAGCUUUCUCGUACCUCAUGAUCAUAAUAUACUCCCUCACUCUGGCCCCGGUGUGCUGGGUAUAUGCAGCCGAAGUCUGGUCUCUUGAGACGCGCGCUACUGGUAUGGGGAUCUCCGCAACAGGUAAUUGGCUCUUCAACUUUGCGCUCGGCCUAUUCGUGCCACCGGCGUUCCGCAAUAUCUUGUAUCGGAUCUUCCUGAUCUUCGGCGGCAUGUGUGGACUUGCGGCGAUUCACUUCUAUUUCUUCUUCCCAGAGACUUGUGGCAAGACGCUUGAGGAAAUUGAGUUCAUGUUUAGCAAGGAAGGCCCGCAUGCAUGGCAGACGAAGAAGGGUCAAUCAGGACUUGACGCAGCGAUUGAGGAGGUCAGGGCGGCACAAGAGAAGGGUGGCGACCCUCUUGCUUUCCAUGCGGCGGAUAUUGCGGGAAGAGACGUUGAGAAGGGGGGUGUGGUACAUUCUCAUUCGGCCUAGAUGUGGUGUUCACUAUUGAUUGGCGCGAAAGUGCUGAUAUGUCACUCGGCCUGUGGAAUUAUCGAAAUUAAGAAUAUGGAAUGGGUCACUUUCUUCAAUUACGCAACUAC